UGGCAACUCUGGUACCAUUUUGACAGAUUACGUAAGUCGAAAAUCUUAGCACUUCGAACGACAUCGAUAGGUGUGUUAGCUGAGUAAACUUACUUCGUCAGCAUCUGCAUCAGUAACGAUGGCCGCACGCAGAAUCGCUCAAUCCAGCGUCAACUGGGCCGCCCUGGCCGAACGCGUUCCGCAGAACCAGAAAACUAACCUUACCGCAUUCAAGUCGAUGAGCGACAAAUAUCUACGAAGCGUCAUGGCAAACCCUGAAACUCCACCAAAGCUCGACUGGGCCUUCUACCAGAAGAAUGUCCCUGUCGCUGGUAUGGUAGAUAAGUUUCAAAAGGCGUAUGAAGCCCUGCAGGUUCCUUAUCCAGCUGACAACGUAACAUCCCAGGUAGAAGCCCAGGAGAAACAGGUCCAUGAAGAAAUUUCCAAGUUUGUCAAGGUUUCCGAGGGCAGAAUUACUGACUACCAGAGCCAAAUUGCAGCCCUGAAGGCUCUGCUGCCAUUCGACCAGAUGACCAUGGAAGAUUACCGCGAUGCCUAUCCAGAUCAAGCUUUGGAUGCAAUCAACCGCCCAUCGUUUUGGCCGCACAACCCCGAAGAACAGGAGGUUGGAGCUCCGAAUGCUGAGCCUCAUCAUUAAAGGAUUUUUCGAAGCAAAAAAGGAGAAAUACGCUAGCAAAGCUAAUUGCUGUUUAGAACAUCAAGCUACAAAAUUUAAUUGAAUAAAAACUCAUCGUAAGAACAAAA